GUUUUGAUGAAACAAGCAUUAUUGGUAUUAGCGAUCAUUUGCUUAGGUUUUGCUGGUCAUAAUAUUCGUCAUCAUAAAUAGAACACAGCAAACUCAUAAAAAUCAUUGGUUUAGACUUAAGAAAUUCAAUAUAUUGAUGAUGAUAAAAGUUAUUAAGAACCUGCUCAAACAACAUCUAAUGAAGCUGAAUUAGUAUAAGAAACAUAAAUUUAAUAAGAAUAAACAGAAUAAUAAUAAUUAUAAGAGCAAUAAGAAUCUGAAAUAAAUUUAACUACCUAAGAGCAAGAUUAAUUAGAUUUAGAAGAAUAAAGAAAAUAUGAAGAAGAAAAACAAAAAUAAUUAUAAUCAACCAAAGGAUCUGAUGAUGAUUUUUAUAUGAAUGCUUUAAAUGUCGAAAUUCAAACCUAAGAUUAAUCUGAUUAAAUGCCAGUUGAUGUUGUAGAAAAUCAACUCAAUCCAGUGUUUGAAAAGGAUCCAAUUCCAGAUUAAAAGGGAGUUGAUUCACCAUUUUAACCUGCAGAUGGUUCAUUAAUGAUAAAUCCUGAAGAACCUGAAUAUGAAAUUAAAUAAACCCAAUUAAUGCCAGAUGAAAUACCUGCAGAACAAUUAUAAGAAUAUAUGGAAAAAAUAGAGGCAUAAGAAGCAUAAGAGAUGGCUAUUCUUGCAGCAUAAGGACCAAAAUGAUAAUUAUUAUAAUAAUAACAUCAUAUAUAUACAUAUUCA